GUGGAAGGUGGACAUCGGAGGUGGACAGGUGGUCUUGCACCAACGAGAAAUUGUGGAAGAAGCUGGGCAGUACCACAGUGGGGUUCAUUUGAUCUGCUGCUACGUGGAUGUGGAAGUGAUGGCGCACAUCAAGAAGGAAUGGGAUGCCACGGACCUGGAGUGGGCCAACACGGAGAAGCCGCUGAAGUUCUGCAGCGUGUAG